AUACCACGUAAGUGGUUCAAUUGCCUGCUGUUAAUCGCUGUGGUCGUUACAAGCCAGUCUAUAACGGUGCAAUUGCAGCCGAUACAUGUCCCAGACGAAGAUGAUGGUGGCGAAAUACAAAAGGAGAUGAUGGAAUAUGCGCCACAAUUUGUACACCCAGAAUAUGCCUUCAGCUAUGGCGUCAAAGAUCUGCAUACCGGCGAUGUUAAAUCUCAGUGGGAAUCGCGUGAGGGCGAUGGUGUCAAGGGUCAUUACAGUGUACUGGAGCCAGACGGCUCCAUACGCACCGUCACCUACACAGCAGAUGCCAAAUCGGGUUUCAAUGCCAUUGUUAAGACAGUGGGUGCCAAUUCACAUCCUGUCACCGACUCACCACAUGCCAUAGAUGCAAAAAGUGAUGAUACCUCACAAUCGAAAAUCAAUCACUAUAGCAAAGAUCAGGAACACAUUGUGUUGAGUUCGGAUAUUAAACCUCUUAAAAAGCCCAUAGAGGAUCUAACACACUCACAUCCGAAAAUACCCAGUUUGAUUGAAUUUAAACCACAUGCCCGUAUUCGGCAGGUGCCCAUGGAAUUGGAACCGGGCAUGCGAGAACGUUUACAGGAGGCCCGUGAUAAUUAUUACAAAGAAUUGGCACAAAAUAGUUUCCAACCAUCGGGCGCCAUUUCACCGAGUUAUGAUUCACAUCAGGAUAAUGAUUGGAAAGCUGUAGUGGGUCUUAGCCAAGGUUAUCAAAAUAUCGAAGAUUAUCUGCACCCAGUGCCCUCGUCAUCAAACCACUACAACAAUGAGCCCUUACAGCCAAUAGCCAAGCCUUCGUAUAAACCACAAAGACAUACCGAAUUCAUUGCUUCAAAACCGCAUUAUCCACAACAACAACAAAUUGUACAACAACAACAUACUCAACAACAUCCACAACAACAUCCUCAACAACACCAGCAACAUCAAUAUCCCCAGCGCUAUCAAAUAACCGCUCCAGCAUAUCCAGAUCCUCAAAGUAAUGCCAUACCAUUCAACAGCAAGAAGACGGGUGUAAAGACUACUCUUGGCCUUAAGCACUACGCCUCCCUGCCCCACAAAUAUCUUAAUCACAAACCACGACAUGAUUACUCAGCCUAUUUCCAACGCGGAGGUGGGAAGAAACCUCGCAAAUUGGAACCUAAAAUUCCCUCAAACUUGGAUCUUCUGGAAAUCGGCGAAGAAGAGGAUGAUGAUGACGUUGAAGUUGAGCAAAACGCUGCCUCCGCCAGUCUGGUCCAGUCGAUGGUGAAACGUGAUAAGAAACACAUGGUACCCAUGUAUGCCGGUCACUAUGCACCCUGGAAUUCUGUGCAACAAAAGAAACAAAAUACCCGUCCCUAUCGACGUCUAUGA